CCUGCGGCUCGCUUCAUCCCUCCCGCGACAACGGAAGGCAUCGAGUAAUCGUCAACGCGUUCUGAGCGUUACAGUGCUCUCUUCAUUGCUUCGUUGUGCCGUCAGUUGGUGGUCGUAAAGUGGUUGCCAGACGUCUGACACGUUGGGUGGGGCGUAUGUCGCAAUGACCAGUAACGGCAAUUCAGUCCAGAUGAGCGAUGUUGGCGGACCCCUCGAGCUCGAAAAAGCCUCCGCCGCCACGACCGCUAGGACUGUGACCCACAGUCCUGUUCCGCCAAAGCAAGAUCUGGUCGGAUCCUGGUUGUGUGCUGAAGGUCCAUAUCAGAAGUACAUUGAAGCCCUUAGCGGCUCGAAUCCUGGAUUGAAAAAGUCAGAUCCGAACAAUAAGGAUGGUCCUUUAAAGAAUGGAAAUGCGCUUGUUGUGCUUUUGGACGCCCCUGCAACGGGCCAGCCUGGCUUCGAGACGACCGAGUUCAAGAACGCCGCAGAUCUUCGGAAUCACUUCCAAAACUCGACUCAUGACCAUGAUCGCCGACGUAUCUACAUAAUGGAAGGUCUGGCACCCGACUAUGUUUCUAUCAUUGGCGGCCACUUUUACAUGGAGCCUACCUUUUUCCAGCGACAAGAGAGAACUUGCGUUUGGAGUAAUGAUUUCACGCCUGUAAGCGACGCGUUACCGCAGCCAAGCUUGUUGGACCCAGAAAAGAGUUUCCAUUUGCAGUACUGCGAGCUGAGGCAGUUCAACAAGGCGAUUGAGAACCGCUAUUAUUUCUGCCAGCGGACACGAAGGCACAUUGGAAUGACGGCGCCAAGACACAAAGAGGAGAGCACGACAGGUAUCUUAAGACGGAAGGUCACCUGGUGGUGCAGGAAGACUGGAAAGGGGGGCUGGGAUGUUGUGAUUCUCUGUGACCCGCAGCUCUUUCAUCUCUCCCCUACCCCAAAGGAGGUCGUUGGGAGCGAGAAUACAAUCCGCCAAAAUAUUAAUCUUCGAGGUGAACUCAAGAACGGGCCUUUCCAGGAUGGUUAUGUCGAUUUUUUGCCGGCUGUCUCGCAUGAUCGAAUAUCGAGCAAAAGGCCACAUCCGCACACCUCCAUGCUACGCGAUCUCCUCCAUUAUUAUCAGCAACACUCUGACAUGCUCUCUCAGGAAGACUGGGACACACCCAACAUGUCUGCUAUCUUUAUUAAGAAGAUCGUUGCUGCACACUACCUCCAAUUGGUUGACUAUAUAAAGGCUAUGCUUCCAUCGCUCGAACUGCGGCUCACAACGGCAUGGGUCGAAGAGCAGGAUCAGUGGAAGAGCCUGCAAACUAUAUCUCGCCGCUGCGGGAAUUAUCGCGAUGACAUUGAAGAUACGCUGCUUAGCCUAGGAUAUCAUCUAGAUGGGAAGCUCGACGCCUCCUCGAAGGUGCGCAGCGCGAAUUGGAAAGACUGUGAGAAGGAUUUUCAAUAUGUAUACUUCCGACUCAAGAUCCUCAAAGAGCGUGCAGAUAACCUCGUGCAAGCCAUGACGGGCUUAGCCUCCAUUGCCGGAAACCGUCAGAAUCUGGAGGAAGCAAAGCGCGUCAAACGUCUGAAUUUGCUCGCUCUUUUGUUCAUCCCACUCGCGUAUACCAGCAGUCUUUUCAGCAUGCAAGACAACUAUGCGCCCAACAAAAAGGAUUUCUGGAUAUAUUGGAUAAGUGCAAUCGGUGCUGUCGCAUUUACCGCUGUCGUGACUUGGAUCCUCGACACUGCGCUCGACGAUGAGGCACAAUGGACCUGGAGACCACUUUGGUAUCUGAAAUUUUGGGGCAAUAGCGAGAAGAAACCUGGGCCCAUGAAGAGGAAGGCUACAGGGCUUUAUGAUCAUACCAUGCGGAGGUGAGGAUUUGUUGUUAUAUUUUGCAUUGUGUGGUGCAGCGUUGUGUUUCAUCCAUACGGUCAUUCUUUUUUAUCAUUUUGGGCGUUCUAUCGACUGUAUGCAUUCUUCUCUAGUAUUCCAGCUCUAGCAUAGUUGCGUUAAUAUAGGUCUAGAAUUUCUUUAUCUUCUCAUAUAGGGAC